AUGGAAAACAAGAUUGUUUUCCUACUCUUCCUAGGGGCACUGAUAUGCGCCUCAUGGGGGGAAGCUUUACCCGAUGAAAGCUUCCUUAUUACAUCGGUGAACAAGCAAAACUUGUUGAAGGCAUUAUUGCAGCAAGAAUCAACGACUUCCGAUAUUGGCCGACGAGGAUCGGGUCAAAAGGAUGAAAAUGGAUACCAUUACGAUCGCCCAGACGAUCCACUGUGUCUGGUAAGCGAUGGCCCACACUGUCAGAAUAAGAAACCCGACAAUGGUUACCUGCCACCUUGCACACCUGGGGCUACGGGACCGAACUGUCAGCCCACGGCACCUGUCUGUCCUCAGGGUGGAGUACCGCCGCACUGUUGCACAAAUGGAGGAAAUGGACCGAACUGUGUUCUGCCGGAUGUGCCACCUCUGCCGCCGAUAAUUGUACAUCCGGGCCAUACUGGAGCACCUAUUGUUCAGGUGCAAACGUUCGUAUACGGGGCCUGUACGAAUGGAGGAGCUGGACCUUACUGCUGUACAAAUGGAGCGAAUACACCCGACUGUGUCCUGAGCGCACCACCGAUUGUGAUCCCGGCUCCACCACAGCCACCACCAACUAGACCUCCGCCGCCACCGCCAACGAGGCCACCGCCGCCACCCCCAACUACUACUCGACCUCGUCCUCCGCCGACAACGAGGCCACCACCUCCGCCCACUACAACUAGGCCACGACCACCGCCAACUACUCGACCUCCUCCACCGCCUACCACUACGCGUCCGAGACCGCCACCAACUACCACUAGGCCGCGUCCUCCGCCAACUACCACUCGUCCAAAGCCACCGCCUACGACGACAAGGCCGCGACCUCCGCCUACGACGACAAGGCCGCGACCUCCGCCAACAACAACUCGUCCCAGACCUCCGCCAACGACGACGCGUCCUAAGCCACCACCAACGACGACAAGGCCCCGACCUCCGCCAACGACGACGCGUCCUAAGCCUCCGCCAACGACGACACGUCCGAGACCUCCGCCAACCACGACGCGUCCUAGACCUCCGCCAACAACUACAAGGCCCCGACCUCCGCCAACUACAACACGUCCUAAGCCACCACCAACGACAACUCGUCCGAGACCUCCGCCAACUACGACACGUCCUAAGCCACCGCCAACGACGACAAGGCCGAGACCUCCGCCAACGACGACGCGUCCUAAGCCACCGCCAACGACGACACGUCCGAGACCUCCGCCAACGACGACGCGCCCUAAGCCACCGCCAACGACGACACGUCCAAGACCUCCGCCAACGACGACCCGUCCGAGACCUCCGCCAACGACGACCCGUCCGAGACCUCCGCCAACCACUACGCGUCCUAAGCCACCACCAACGACGACCCGUCCGAGACCUCCGCCAACCACGACGCGCCCUAAGCCGCCUCCGACAACAACUCGUCCGAGACCUCCACCAACAACUACAAGGCCACGACCUCCGCCAACGACUACCCGCCCAAGGCCACCACCAACUACCACUAGACCUAAGCCACCACCAACUACUACGAGACCUCGCCCUCCGCCAACUACAACCCGCCCAAGACCUCCGCCAACAACUACUCGUCCAAAGCCGCCACCAACUACUACACGCCCUAGACCUCCGCCAACUACCACACGUCCUAAGCCACCACCGACGACAACAAGGCCACGUCCACCACCAACAACCAGACCACCACCGCCACCGCAACCAACGACCCCGUAUCCGAUUAUUCCCGUGACGCAACCGCCAGUUGUGUUUUUGGGGUGUCCGAAUGGAGGUGUCGGCCCGUACUGCUGCACGAACGGAGGAGUUGGACCAAGCUGUGACGUACCACAGACUCCAGUAUACCAAACGUGCGAUAACGGAGCUCAGCCACCGUUCUGCUGCAAGAAUGGAGGCGUUGGACCGUACUGUGUUGAGAUUCAGCAAGCGAUCGAGGUUCGUCCACCGACGACAAUCAUCUACACGGAUCCUGUUUACCAGCCAAUUAGUACGGUCGUAGUGCCUCAGGGAAAUCGUCCAGGACAGGCUCCUUUGCCACCACAACCUCAGAUACAGUACCAACCGCAGCAACAGCAGUAUCAGCCACAGCAGCAGUAUCAGCCUCAGAUACAGAACCAGCCUCAGCAGCCGCAGUACCAGCCUCAGCAGCAGCAGUACCAACCUCAGCCGCAGUACCAGCCACAGCAGCAGUUCCAGCAACAGCCGCAAUAUCAAACACAGCGACCCACAAACGCUCCCAGCUACGGUUAUCGACCACAGGCAGUGACCAUAGUGCCCAGCUCAACAGCAGCACCGUUUUUCAUUGGAUCUCGCACACAGGGAGAUAACGCCGGAGGACAAUCCUCGGCUAACGGAUUUGUUCAAGCAAUUACACCCCGUCCACAACCGGCCGCCGCCCAACCGACAAAGACUGCUUCUCCACCAAGAAAUCAGAACACUCAGCCGAGACAGCAGCCUCAGCAAACACCGCGACCGGCCGCUCCAGUCACACCAAGACCGCAAGUUACUCCAGCACCCGCCAGACAGCAACAACCGGCCCGACCACAGCGACAGAAUGCCGGCAAUGGUGGCCUCAAUGGCGAUUUUUCCGGCAAGACGCCGGUUCGACCGGCAUCCGUUGCGGGAGCAGAAAAAUGCGAAGGAUCUAACUGUGAGCACGGUUUCUACUACAAACUCGGCGAUCAGGCAGUCAUAUUUUAG